AUGGAAUCGCCGGCAAUCCCGGGCCUGCUGGAUCCCAGCGAGCAGCCUAUUCUCGAAAAAUUGCUCCGAAUUCGCGACGCACUCCUACUUAUCAAACAGGAUAAGUCUUCAUACAUCAAGUCCCGCGAUGUCCUACCACACUACGAAGAGGUGAUCGCAGAGGUGGAGCAGCUCAAUUCUGUUCGCAAAGAGCCGGAUCGCCGCUUGGUACACAAUCGCCUGGAUUAUGUCCUGGAUGACUGCUUCCAGUUGAUCUCCCUACUGUUCUUGACCGUUGGGAGGAACAACGAAGCUCCCGCAGUCUAUUCUUUGGCGACUACCAUUCAGCGUUUACUCGAUCACCUCGGAGAGGCCGGAUUCUACAGCUCCAAAGACUUGAACUCGAUUACCAAGACCCUUGAGUCUACCCACGAAACCCUUGAGCGUGGUCGUAAUACCUACUCACCCGCUCUUCUUACCCUUCUGGAAAAUCGCUUGGAACAAUGCGAAAUUUCUCUGAAGAAGUUGCAAAAGGGUCUUGCGGCGCUGGCACCUCCUUUGGCGCAGACACAUGAGACACUCGUUUCAAUUCUGCGGUCAACAUCUGCUGUGAAUACACGGUCGAAGUUCUCGGCAUCGGAAGUGAACGCUCUCCGAGAGCAACUCAAGAAGAUCGAAAACACCAUGAAGGACGGCAGCUUUGUCGAUACCGAAGGUAACAUUCUCGCAGGUCAAGAUGAGGUGAAGUCUUUGUUUCAACGGUGUUGGCGUUGGACUGAGAUUGUACUCGAGCGAGAGGGAAAAAUCGACGAACGAUUCCGCGAACAAUAUGAGCGAUUGCUGGAAAUCCGCAAUCAACUGGACCGCUUGUCUGUAACUCAAGCUUGGUCUUUGCGCGAGACCGAUCUCUUUGGAUACCAGCGAAAGCUUGACCGUAUCGACGAAGCGCGAAUUAAUGGAAACUUUGUCGAUGCCGAGGGUCAGCCAGCCGAUCUUCACGCGCAACGGACGCUGCUCUACCUUAUCCGCCGCAGUUAUGCGUACAUCUACGCGCUAUUGAUCUCAUCAGAACCCGUAUCCGAAGCUCUACUUCCAGUCUAUAAUCAACUUCAAACCCUGCGCCGAUGCUUGAUUGAAGUCAAAGAGUCUGGAGGCGUUGCAAACUCGCGCGAGCUCUACCCAUACAGCAUGAAGCUCAACUCAAUCGACAAUAUGCGCAUUGACGGGAAGUUCUACGUGGGCCCCGAUAUUCCCGAGGGCCAGGGGAGUGUGAAUAACCUGCUCGCCGAAUGCUACGAUUUGGUCUGGGAGCUCCGCGCUGCGGUGGUCGAUGAGGAAGAACAGUCUUAG